CCAAUGGCGCGGCUCGGUGUUGCCGGGUGCGGACGCACUUUGUGUUGCUAUUGACGCGAAGAUGGAGGGUGAUGGUGGCGAGGGAGGUGGAUCAGCUGACAUUAAUUUGUCACCUUGCCGAAUUUGUGGGAGAACUUUUUUGACAGCAACACGGUUAAAGCAUGAACCCGUCUGUCAAAAAAAUGCAAACAAGAAAAGGAAGACCUUUAACUCCAGUAGACAGAGAGCCGAAGGAACUGAUAUUCCCAAUUUAAAGCCUCUAAAGCCCAGGCCUGAACCUCCCAAAAAGCCCUCAAACUGGAGACAGAAACAUGAAAACUUUAUUGCUACCAUCAGAACAGCCAAAAAGAUUACACAAAUAAUUAAUGAAGGGGGUACUCCUCCACCUCCACCUGCACCGUUAUAUGAUCCAGAUUAUGUCCAGUGCCCUUAUUGCUAGAGAAGAUUUAACGAGAAUGCUGCUGACAGGCACAUUUCUUUCUGCAAAGAACAGUCUGCUCGUCUGACCAAGUCUAAACUUGGAAUUGUCAAAGGGAAACAAAGCUCUCAGGUAACACAGCACAAGUCUCCAGUGCUUAAGAAGACUAACUCUCCAGUGUCAUCACCUAAUGCAUUGACACGGAUUCCCCAACCUUCUCAUGGAAAAACUGUAACUGCGUUUCCUACCGCCAAAGGUACUUUGUCAUCAACCAAUGAAAAUAAACUUCGAGAUGGAUCACCAAUAAAACGGAGUCCCUCUGGUGCUGGUAAUGUUUCUGGAGCAGGAAGUCAUGCAACUGGUAACAUCAAGUCUCGAACACUAACACCGCCCAGUGGAACAAGGAAUACUGCUGGAACAGGCUCAGUUAACAGAAAAACCCACACUACUGAGAAUUAUGAAAGGAACAAUAUGAAAUCUGGUUUAGACACCAAGGAUAGUUCAAUGUCUUUCAAUGAUGGAAACAUAAAGAGCAACAUCAGAAAUUCACCUGGUCAACAACUGCCAAGAUGUUGUCGUCAAUGUGGAACCAAGUAUCCUGUGGAAGGUGCAAAGUUCUGUUGUGAAUGCGGAAUGAGAAGGAUGAUGCUUUGAUCUAAUGGUACGAAUAUUUUCCAAGGCAAAGAUGUUAAAACAAUUUCGUACAUAAAAAUUGAACUGUUCAAUGCUGCAAAAGUUUACCCAAUAUCAAUAUGCAUCAUGUAAAGAGACAUUAUAACUAUAAAUCAUCUUUGCAUUAUAUGUGGUGCAUUAUAAACACAUCUGAAAUUGUUAUAUUGAUAAUACAAGAUUGCUGAGUUCAUUAUAUUGGGUUUUCUCAGUUGACUGCAAUGCAUUAAAAUUGCAGAGUCAAGCUGGUACCUUCAUCUUCAAUGUAAUUUAUAAAGUAGGAGAGGGUGCACAUUUAGUUCUCUGCAUAACAGAGAAAUUUGCUCUGCUUAGCAGGUAAAAGUAAAAUUCAACAUCCUUUGGAAAAUGUAUUCCCUGGUAAUUAUGUUGCAGCUCGGCAGGGAUCAAUUGCCUACAUAUAACAGCAAGUCCAGCAUUUUUUGACUAUACGUUGGUCAGCAAGUUAAAAUGGAAUGUAUCAAAUGUAACAAAGUAAAUUCAUUCUGCAAAAAAUAUGAAUAAGAUGACUGUUUCAAAAUCAAAGCAUUCACUUGACCUCAUACCUUCAUUUCUAUCAAUUUAGUUUACACACCACUUAGUCACAAAUGAUGCUGAAUAUUUGUAUGGCUGCUGAAAAUUAUAAAAAUACAAAUUGACUGAGUUAUGAAAUGUAGAAGGUGCCAGUAAUAGAGCCAUUACAUUGGUAAAUGUCCACAGCUGGUCUUUUGGGUUGGUAAACUGGUUGCAAUUUGGUAAAUUAUAUUUUAACUACCGAUACUGAAAUUGUAAUUGUGCAUGGCAUUAUGGUGUGAAAAUAAAUAUAUGCAAAUUAUUGUAUCAACACAGAA